ACAACAACCAUGGACUGAUACCUGGGGAUGUGCAGCACUUUCAGACGGGCAAGCUGCAGCACACGGGGCAGCGUUUACAAAAACAAAUAUAGAAAUCACAAACUGUGUAUACUACAAAGGCAAUUCUAGCCUCUUCUUUCAGAAGGACAGCUGCUGUUGCCAAACUGCAAUACUGGAAAGAUGUUCCCAUGGUCUCUCUUUACCUCUCUGGGUUCCCAACCCUUGCCCAGCCCACGUUCAACAGAAGAAUUGGUGUCGGAGACGCUAAUGUUGGAGUUUGAGUCACUACUCAAGCGCUGUGAGAAGCUACAGUAUGAACGAGUUAUGGAAGGUCGGCGGCGCAGGUCCAGUGUAGACUAUAGCUGGCUUGCAUCGCCUCCCCGUGUCACCUUCCAGUUAUCCCCUGGAGAACUCCUUGAGUUGCAGGAUCUCUGUGUGAAGAUUCUGCCCUCACAGUGUGGGCCUGUAAUACUAAGAUUUCGCAAACUGGUGACAGAAUAUGAGCCUGAUGUUCACGAGGUGUCUCGCAUAUUCCGCAGUGUUCUUUGUGAUACUCUUGAUGAAGAGCCUCAGCAGAAACAGGAUUUCAAACCACCACCUCAUCACUGGGAUAAGCGCCGAACCAAGAGCUUGUCUCUGAUGUCCUUCAAGUCUCGCCUGCGCAUUAAUCCCUUUAGAAACACUGCCACUUGUGCUAACGAAGAGGAAGAACAAUGGCCAAAUGAUGAAGAGAUGGGGAUGGCAGUAGCCAGGAGAGUGCAAAGCAUGCCCGAGAUCUCGCCGCUGGAGAAGGGAGCACAGAGAGUGGAGAACUAGAAUGCUUCAGAGUGCCCAAAACUUGACAUUCCUUUGAAACUCAUCAUAUUGUCAUUGCUUUAGUUUUAGAUGCCUCAAGUGUUUUACCAGAAUAAAACAGGUCUAUAUUCUCCAA